UUGGUGCAGCAAGACCGUGCGCAGCGACCUCCGCACAGGUGGUCGCUCCGGUCUCUGGCAAGAUGUUGACCAAAGUUCUCCUGAUCCUUCUGGGCUUGCCCAUAAUCCUGCCGUCUAGGAUUGAAGGAACUCAUGUUGAAUCAGAGAUGGGAGCAUGUGCUCAUCAUGAUGAUGUCUAUGGCCCCAAGCCCCAGUAUCCCAAAAAGAAACUCCCCUCUGAAGAAAUAAAGCCCACUGCUAUUAAUACCCACCGUGACCUUGGAAAACUGCCAGCAGCCACUCAAAUCCUGGACAGUAUCCUCAAUAACUCUGAUUACAAACUGCGCCCCGGCGUUGGUGAGAAGCCCACUGUGGUCACUGUUGAGCUCUCGGUCAACACCCUUGGUCCUAUCUCUAUCCCAGACAUGGCGUUCUCCAUUGACAUCACUUUCUACCAGACCUGGUAUGAUGAACGCCUCCGUUUCAAUGGAAGCUUUGAGAGCUUUGUUCUGAAUGGCAACAUGAUGAGCCAGUUAUGGAUCCCAGACACCUUUUUUAGGAAUUCUAAGAAGAUCCGUGUGUAUUCGAUCACCAUGCACAGCAAGGUGGUCCGCAUCCACAAGGAUGGCAAGGUGUUGUACACAGAUAGGAUGACCAUUGAUGCUGGAUGUUCAUUCCACAUGCUCAAAUUUCCAAUGGAUUCUCACUCUUGCCCUCUGUCUUUUUCUAGCUUUUCCUAUCCUGAGAAUGAGAUAAUGUACAAGUGGAAAGAUUUCAAGCUUGAAAUCAAUGAGAAUAAUUCCUGGAAGCUCUUACAGUUUGAUUUUAUAGGAGUGAGCAAUGAGACCGAAAUUAUCUCAACCAUGGCGGGUGAUUUCAUGGUCAUCACGCUUUUCUUCAAUGUAAGCAGGCGAUUCGGCUUUAAUGCUGUUCAAAACUAUGUCCCUUCUUCUAUGACCACAGUCAUGUCCUGGAUUUCCUUUUGGAUCAAGAAAGAAUCUUCUCCAGCCAGGACCUCUUUAGGCAUCACCUCUGUACUCACCAUAACCACAUUGGGUUCCUGUUCCCAGAAGAAUUUCCCACGUGAAUCCUAUAUAACAGCCUUGGAUGUCUACUUUGCUAUUUGCUUCCUCUUUUGCGUUUUUGCUCUGGUGGAGUUUGCUGUGCUUAACUUCCUGAUCCACAACCACACGAGACCCCGUGCUUCUCCGAGACUUCGCUAUCCUCCUACCCGUGCCCGUGCCCGUGCCCGUGCCCGUGACCUUACCCCACCCCGUACCCAUGCCAACCAACAGCAGCAGGAAAAUGUUUUUGUGUAUGACUUCGAGGGGACUGAUGAGGAGAAUGAUGAAGAAGAUGGCCCAUCUUGCCCAGCUCAGCAGUCCCUCAACCCAAGACUCACCCAGCGCCGUCGCAGCUGCUGCAGGAUCUGCAAGUACUUGUGUGUGGUCCGCAGUUGUGAUGGCAGUUUUUGGCAGCAGGGCCGCCUCUUCAUCCACAUCUACCGCCUGGAUAACUACUCACGAGUUAUUUUCCCAGUGACCUUCAUCUUUUUCAAUGUGCUCUACUGGGUUAUUUGCUUUAACUUGUAGGUACCAGCUGGUACCCUGUGCGGCAGCCUCCCAAGUUCCCCAGGAGGUCCCACACCCCUUACCAAGGGAGUUGGGGGAAAGCAGCAGCAGGAGCAAUUAGAAAGUGUCUUUCCUCCCCCCACCCGCAGCCCAUUCAAUGAAUACCCAUGGCAGCCCAUUUAGAGUAAAAUGGCUCACCUCUUUAUUCCUCAAGGGGCAUUGGUGAUGUUCAGGCUUAAAAAUUGCAGGCUGUCAGUGACCAGCUCCCUAAGACCAUGCCCGUGUAUGAGCAUAUUAGCUAUCUCCCAACAGUGUUGACAAACACUGCUUUUUUCAAGAAUCCUAAUACUGCCUUUGUGGUGCUCCAGGCCCAGAUAUGGCCUCAGCCUCAAAGUGCACCGACCAGCUGCUUCCCUGUUUCUGACACUUCCUUAAGAUACUGGUCAGCAGUGUAAUAAGGUGUGUGUGUAUCCUCCAUCCUUAGGUGAGAUUAUUAUAUUAUUGGUUUGAUUUCCCUGCCCACCCUUUCCCUGCAGAUAGAGCCUGACAUUAUCCCUUUAAAAGGAGAGCCAACACUUGAGCUUCUUUAGGACAGUAUCCCCCCCUCUGCUGCUGUGAUGCCUCCCUCUCCCUCUCCUACCCCUGCCUCUAUCAUUCAUCUGCACUACCAAUUCAAUGCCUUUCAUACAGUGGGUUUAUAUUUUUGUGUGAUAAUAGUAAUAACCCCCUGCUUUAUAUGCCACCUUCUCCCUCCUCCUUGACCGCUGUGACUCUUAAUGUAACUACCCCAGUGACUUUCCCAGCCCCAACCCAGGUGCUAGGCCAUGGUGACUUCCCAGGGCCAAGAAAUGAAGGGAACUCUGCUUUGCAGUGGGCAUUGCUUGCAUUGAUUGGUGCCCUCUACGGCACAGCAUAGACGUUCUGCCACUUCCUUGGCCCCUGGAUCCAUGAGCCAGUCCACUCUUAUCCCUGGGGCACUCUCACAAUCACAAUCAAUCAAUUGAAUUCCCUUAAAUUUAUACAGCACUUUACCUUUUUGCAAAAACACUUUUGAAAAACUAUUCUAUUAUAGCCUUAUUGUAGCCCUGUGAAAGAUUCGGGGCAGGAUUCUUAUCCCCAUUUUGCAGAUGAGAACCCUGAGGCACAGAUUUCUAUGGGACUGUGGAUCUCACUGGAAACUACCCAGGAGCCCACUGUCAUUUUCUAGAGUACAUGAUAGGGCUAGGCAUCUGUGUUCACCAUGAUUCAAUUCUAUAGCCUCUGCUGGCACCCCAGUGGCAGGGCCCAGAGUAGCAGCCUAUCUUCAGCUUUGGUCUACUCAAUUCCUGGGCCUCAGGUGCUCAGACUGCCCUCAAGAUCCAACCCUCUCCUGGCUCUGAGAACCCAGUGAGGUCAAAUUUGGACAUGCCCCAAUGCUUGUAUAUGCUGAAUGAAAUCUGUGUCUGUAUUUUAUUGGGGGGGGUAGGGUAGGGGUUCCAUCUGCUUUUUGUCACCAUCACCUGAAAAGGGGAAAUAUAUCAAUAAAUAUAUCAG